AUGGUUACUGCCGCUAUGCUGCAGCUGGAGCGGCUGGUGGUGACGGGUGCAGAUGAGCCUGUCUAUGCACAUGCUGGAGAGGAUGUGACUCUCAGCUGCUCUCUGGACACCCAUGUUAAUGUGACAGAGCUUCAGGUGAAAUGGAUAAAGACAGAUGAUGACGGUGACAUCUUAGUGCUUCUGUUCGCUGAUGGAGAGAACAGACCAGAGUCACAGGAUGGGAGAUACUCUGGAAGAGCUGAAUUCUUCACAGAGGAAAUUCCCAAAGGAAACUUCUCAAUGAAACUGAGGAAAGUCAGGACUGAAGACAAAGCAGAGUUCAGGUGUGAAGUCCACUCAGAUACUGAUUCUACCAGUACUACUGCCAGGAUAGCAGCACUGGGUUAUUCCUCCCUGCAUUGGCUAAUUCUGGGGCUGUGCAUCGCUGUCACACCUGUAGUCCUACUUACUGGUGCUUUAUCUGUCAGCCAUUUAAGAAGUGGAGGAGCUGCAUCUGGUGAGACGGACAGUCUAUCCUGGGUGUCUGUAGGUGAAAGCAGACAGGCUCUGUUGAGUCACUGCUCACAUGUCAUAGUUCCACCAGUCAUGGUUUCCGCAGCAUUCAUCCUGUGGGGUGUAACUGAAGGAUCCAGAGAAGAGGCUGUUACUGGUACUGCCAUCAGUCUGCUGUACAUCCUGGUGUUGAUUAAUAUGGCUCCAUAUCGGAAAUUCUUUACACUUACAGGGCAAUUAAUUAUACGCAUCACCUUGAGAACUGCAUUUCCCAUCAUUCUGGUGGGUGCCCUAACAGCUUGUUGCCAUUGA